AUGGUGCGCUGCCCUCAUCUUGCCAGGCCGACAUGUGGGCUGUUGCGCUCACCUGAUUUCUUGGGGUGCGGUGAGCAGAAGAAGAGCAAAGACUGCGGGGAGAAGAAGAAAGAAGAGAAGUUGCCGCGGCCCUCCCUGCUCGAGGUGCUGGAGAACCGGGAGCUGGCCCUCAGCUUCCGCCAAUACCUCCACAAGUGGUACUCCAACGAGAACCUGGCGUUUUGGGUGGCGGUGGAGGACUACAAGGGCCUGCCGCGAGAGGAGCGUAAGAAGCGCGCCGACGAGAUCUAUGGCAAGUACUUCCGCCCCAGCUCCGAUUACGAGAUAAACAUCACGAACGACCAGAAGCGGCAGUUGGACGCGUCGUUGGCCGGAGCGAAUCCGGACGUGUUCAACAAGAUCCAGCAUUCCAUCUUCAACCUUCUCGAGACUGACUGCUUCCCGCGCUUCCUCGACAGCGACCUGUACAAAGAAUACGAACAAGGGGUGCUGAACCAGAAGGGACGGAAGAGGAAGGACUCGAAGAAGGUGAAGAAGAAGCUAGAGGCCCCCAACCCCGCCAACCGGGAAGUGCGAAGCGAAUCUCUCAUCAUGCUCGAACGAUACGCGCAGAGCCACGAACGAUCAUGA